AUGUCGUGUCAUCAGCACUUUAAGCUUUAUCCAGACCAAAUUGAAGACGGAGAGCUUCCAGAAGAGAAUGAUGGAGAAGAAUCCGUCAGAAUACAAGAUCAUGGAGAUGCUUCAAUUUUUUUGGAGACUGAAGACACUGAGGACGAUGAACAGGACGGUGAUGUAGAGCACCCUUUGUCUGAGCAGAAACACUUGUCAGACUCUGGAUAUAAUAAAUCUUCCACAGAGAAGAAAAAAUGUAGGAAAGGCCACACAGGAGUUAAGCUUAGCUGCAAAGACUGUGGCAAAACAUUUACGGGAAAAUCAACUUUAAACACACACAUGAGAAUCCACACAGGAGAGAAGCCUUUCUGUUGUGUUCUAUGUGGAAAAAGAUUUAACCAGAAAUCUAAUUUAAACACACACAUGAGAAUCCAUACAGGACAGAAGCCAUUCUGUUGUGAUCUAUGCGGACAAAGAUUUAGUCGAAAAUCACUUUUAAACAUACACGUGAGAAUCCAUACAGGACAGAAGCCUUUCUGUUGUGAUUUAUGUGGACAAAGCUUUCGUCGAAAAUCACUUUUAAACAUACACAUGAGAAUCCAUACAGGACAGAAGCCUUUCAGUUGUGGCCUAUGUGGAAAAAGCUUUAGCCACAAAUCUAAUUUAAACACACACAUGAGAAUCCAUGCAGGACAGAAGCCUUUCUGUUGUGAUUUAUGUGGAAAAAGAUUUACCUGCAAAUCAAAUUUAAACACACACAUGAUUAUCCAUACAGGACAGAAGCCUUUUUGUUGUGAUAUAUGUAAACAAAGAUUUACCUGCAAAUCAAAUUUAAACGCACACAUGAGAAUCCAUACAGGACAGAAGCCUUUCUGUUGUGAGCUAUGUGGAAAAAGAUUUAGCCAGAAAGCUAGUUUAAGCACUCACAUGAGAAUCCAUACAGGACAGAAGCCUUUCUGUUGUGAUCUAUGUGGAAAAAGAUUUAGCGAAAAAUCAGAUUUAAACAAACACAUGAGAAUCCAUACAGGACAGAAGCCUUUCUGUUGUGAUCUAUGUGGACAAGCCUUUAGUCGAAAAGAAACUUUAAACACACACAUGAGAAGAGUCCCCGUGCUGUGGAAGUCAUCCUGCCUCGUUCCUGUGCCAAGGACGCCGGGACCUAGCGGCCCUCAGGACUACAGACCGGUAGCACUGACGUCCCACAUCAUGAAGACCUUUGAGAGGCUAGUCCUGGAGAAGCUACGGCCCAUGGCCAGGCCCUUCACUGAUCCACUACAGUUCGCCUACCAGCCCCACCUGGGAGUUGAGGACAGCAUCAUCUACCUGCUGAACAGAGUCUACACUCACCUGGACAAGCCAGCGAGCACUGUGAGAAUCAUCAGAAGAUAA